GGCCGGAAGGGCCUAGGGUGGGGUUCGCCGCCGAGCUGGGCUGAGGAGGUGUGAGUGUUGGAGGGCGUGGGUUCCUCCCCUCGCCUUUAGCCUUUUCCUUGACCCACGUUUCCUUUACUCAGGCCCCUACGCCAGGACUGGCAGGAGCCCACGAACCGCCCGGGGAUCUGUGGGGGCUGCCCCGACCCUGUUGGAGAAGAUGCCGUAUCUGGGCUCCGAGGACGUGGUGAAGGAAUUGAAGAAGGCCCUGUGUAACCCUCACGUUCAGGCUGAUAGGCUGCGCUACCGGAAUGUCAUCCAGCGAGUGAUUAGGUAUCACCCACCUGCCUCGAGUCCCAUGUCCCAUCCCCACCUCGCCCACCCCGCCCCACCUCGCAGGCCCCAUCUGGGCUCUCCACACCCAGCCACUCUGGAAAAACAAAUAAACUAAAUGGCCAUCAUCUUGCUUCUGUGAAGUGUCAUCUCAGAGUCACCCUCGUGGAACAUUUGACUCAGCCGAGAAGUUUCCUUCAUGUGACAGGCUUCAACGAUUAAACUGCUAACUCAACUCCAGAGUCUAGCCAUUUAUCUAGUACAGAUCUCCAUUUUUAGCUUCAGAGCCAUACGUGUACACUACUGCUUGCUUGACAUUUCUACCAUCAAAGGUAUGCUCAAAGUAGCACCAGCAUUCUUCCUCCUCAGACCUGCUCUUCCGCUUGUGUGCUGAUGACUGUCACCAGCCAGCCUCCAAAACAAGCUAGUCAGCUUUGAUCCUUCACUUCUUAUGCCAGAUGGCACAUGACUCAGGGAUUGGACAUGUCUGGUGUUUUCAUGGAAAUGGUGAAAGCCAGUGCCACGGUAGAUAUUGUCCAGAAGAAGAUGGUUUAUCUAUAUAUGUGCACAUAUGCCCCUCUGAAGCCAGAUCUGGCUCUCCUGGCCAUCAACACGCUAUGCAAAGACUGCUCAGACCCCAACCCAGUGGUGCGAGGCCUGGCACUACGGAGCAUGUGCAGCCUCAGGAUGCCUGGUGUGCAGGAAUAUAUCCAGCAGCCUGUUCUUAAUGGUCUGCGGGAUAAGGCUUCAUAUGUCAGGAGAGUCGCAGUCCUUGGCUGUGCGAAGAUGCAUAAUCUUCAUGGAGACUCAGAAGUGGAUGGUGCCCUGGUUAAUGAAUUAUACAGUCUGCUUCGUGACCAGGAUCCAAUUGUGGUUGUGAACUGCCUGAGGUCGUUAGAGGAAAUUCUAAAACAGGAAGGAGGUGUUGUCAUUAAUAAGCCCAUUGCCCACCAUCUCUUAAAUAGAAUGUCAAAACUGGACCAAUGGGGCCAGGCUGAAGUAUUGAACUUUUUGCUCCGCUACCAACCUCGUAGUGAAGAGGAACUGUUUGACAUUCUCAAUCUGUUGGACAGCUUCCUCAAGAGCAGCAGCCCAGGUGUGGUGAUGGGAGCCACCAAACUCUUUCUGAUCUUAGCAAAAAAGUUCCCCCAUGUACAGACUGAUGUGCUUGUACGUGUCAAGGGACCCUUGCUAGCUGCCUGUUCCUCAGAGAGCCGGGAGCUCUGUUUUGCUGCUCUCUGUCAUGUGCGCCAGAUCUUGCACAGUUUGCCAGGUCACUUUAGCAGUCACUACAAGAAGUUUUUUUGCUCUUACUCGGAGCCCCACUAUAUUAAGUUACAGAAGGUGGAGGUGCUCUGUGAGCUGGUGAAUGACGAGAAUGUCCAGCAAGUGCUGGAAGAACUGCGUGGAUACUGCAUGGAUGUGUCUGCUGACUUUGCACAAGCUGCCAUCUUUGCCAUAGGUGGCAUUGCCAAGACUUACACAGAUCAAUGUGUGCAGAUUUUAACAGAAUUGCUGGGGCUUCGACAAGAACACAUUACCACAGUGGUAGUGCAGACUUUCCGAGACCUGGUGUGGCUGUGUCCUCAAUGUACUGAAGCUGUGUGUCAGGCCCUGCCCGGAUGUGAGGAAAACAUUCAAGACAAUGAGGGGAAGCAGGCACUUAUUUGGUUACUUGGGGUGCAUGGGGAAAGAAUUCCCAAUGCUCCUUAUGUGUUGGAGGACUUUGUGGAAAAUGUGAAGUCAGAGACAUUUCCUGCUGUUAAGAUGGAGCUACUGGCGGCACUGAUGCGCCUUUUCCUCUCACGGCCUGCUGAGUGCCAGGAUAUGCUGGGGCGACUACUAUAUUAUUGCAUAGAGGAAGAAAAGGAUAUGGCUGUACGGGACCGAGGUCUCUUCUAUUAUCGCCUCCUCUUAGUUGGCAUAGAUGAAGUCAAGAAAGUCCUGUGUAGUCCUAAGUCUGACCCUUCUCUUGGACUUUUGGAGGAUCAGACUGAGCGACCUGUGAAUAGCUGGGCUUCGGACUUCAAUACAUUGGUGCCAGUGUAUGGCAAAGCCCACUGGGCUCUUAUCUCUAAAUGCCAGAAGGCAGAGCAUCAUGGCCCAUUGCUUCCUCCCAAAACAUCCUUUGCCACAUCAGGACACCUGGUUUCUGAAGAGAACAAGGAAGGAGUACAAGAACCUUCUGAUUCUGAAGCUCUCAUGCUGGUCCCCAACCUCCAGCUUACUGCUGAGUAUUUUGAAAAAACUUGGCUUAGCCUCGAAGUUGCUCACCAGCAGGUGUUGCCUUGGCAGGGCGAAGUACAUCCUGACACCCUCCAGAUGGCUCUACAAGUAGUGAACAUUCAGACCAUUGCAAUGAGCAGGGCUGGGGCUCAGCCCUGGAAAGCCUACCUCAGUGCCCAAGAUGAGACUGGCUGUCUGUUCCUAACUGAAUUGCUGUUGGAGCCUGAGAAUUCAGAAAUGCAGGUCUCUGUGAAACUAAGUGAAGCAAGAACUGAGAGACUUCACAGUUUUUUUUCUGUAUUGGAAACUGUGAUUGGAACAAUUGGAGACAUAAAAUCCUAACAGAUUCUUGCUACUUACCCUAAGUGAGAUGAACUGCUAUCAAAGUUCCCUCAUUUUUCUUAUUAGAGCUACGUGUAAGUCCAGAUGUCAUUUGCAAAGCAUAGUAGGAAAUCAAAAUCCAGGUUCUUAUGUUUUUGCCCAAAGUUACUGCCCUUCAUGCCUACUAGUGAUUGACCCUAUAAUGUACUGGUAAUGAUAAGGGGGUAGGAAUAGAGUGAAAAUGGGAUGGAGGUUUUUCUUGUAAAUCAAUUUUAGGGUUGUAUUAUUUAUUAAAGAUGCCUAGCAUCUGUG